AUGGAAGACGAGAACAAGAGUGUCUCUCACGUUUCGAUCGUAGACAUGGAAGUUCCAUGUGACAAAACGUCGUCGUCGUCAUCGGCUCCUAUGUUCGAAAUUGAGGUUAAGGCGACGUUUAUCAUCGUGGAGAAAAAUACCGGCGCAGGAGAUGAAAUGUUUGUCGAGGCCGGGAGGAUUAUUUCUCAUGUGAUCCACGAGUUCCCCAUGGAAGACUUGAUUAACGAUGGCAACGGUGCCGUUUCGGAUAUGCUCAACUCCAUGCGCGUCCCGGUGCAGCCGUCCAUGGUGGAAGAAAUCGCCGUCUGCGCGGUUCGCUUGGUGACGACUGCUAGAUACAGAAACAGCAAGGUUUUGAGGAUGCAGGUGGAGAUUGAAGCGGUUGUGGAUGACGUUCCUGACUUUGGGACUGAUGAUGACUCGGACGGUGAUGAUGAUGAAGGGCCGGUGAAGGCGGAGGAGGUGGCGGAGAAUGUGGGGAAGGUGGUGGUUGAGGGGUCGGGAAAGGAUUGUCCAAUCUGUUUGGAAGAGUUGGUGGUGGGUUUCGAAGCGGCGUGCAUGCCUUGCUCGCAUGUUUUUCAUGAUCAUUGCAUCGUGACUUGGCUGAACAGGAAGAAACGCUGCCCUUGUUGUCGUUUUAAGUUGUCUUAG